AUGACAAUGUCGCAACUGCGGACCAAUGAGCUCUCCCCUCUGGGAGUCACUCGAAGGCCUCCCAAAGUCCCCUUCCAGACAGCUACGAUGGUGACCAAUGAUGGGUCGAGAAAUGUUGAGGCUCUCUACCGCUCGACCAUGGAAUUGCGCAAACGUCAUCUCGAAACCACCCAGUCCCACGGUAUCAGCCCAGGCAAGACAGGCAACCGAACCACACGUGACACAGCUGAUCGGAGCGGGUCAACGGUUUUUCCGGGUGUUUCUCACUACACACCGGAACAACGUUUUGUGAUCGUGACGCCUGCGCCACCAAUAGAUUCGAAAGAUGCAAUGUAG